CGCACGUUCAUUCAGUCUGCUGUGGACAACGUUGCACGACGACGAAAGCGGACGUCGCGUGGUAGUAGCAAGAACCAAACAAAUCAACAAACAAACAUUCUCUCUCCCACACACAAGUGCACUCUGGAGAGCAGCGCGUGCCAUUAAAUACUAUCUGCAGCAUUCAAUAGAUGCAACUGCAACGGAGAGAUUCCGAAAUUCCGAGAUCCGCGUUUCAGAUUCGAGAUAUUUUCCUCACUUUACGCGCGCGCCACAAAGGCAUCGCGCCCCGGCUUGCAACGUCGCGUGUGUGGCAGACGAUGAUCCUUAGUUGAUCUUGACUCUAGUGUCUGUGUUUGUGUGUUACAGUGUGUGCGAGUGAUAGCCAUCUCCCAGAAGAUACUCUUAAUGAAUUGUUAUCUAACGGAUGCUUGGGAUUUGGAUUGUGACUAAAAAUCUAAAGAAUCUCUAAGAAAAUUGUGAACAAAUUUUGGAAAAUCUAAUCAACUUUACAACUGCUUGAAGAACACCUGCACAAAACGGCGUGGCCCGCCCAUGAUGCAACGAGCGAUGCAACAGUGACAUGGCCGAGGGCUGCGAGGACUCUGCCGGUGCCGCUGAAACGACAACGUCACAGUAUACAACGACGCUAGACAAGAUGCUGGGCACGGUGCUGCCGUGCGAGGCGGCAAUUGGUGCCACACCUGGUGGCAGUGGCGGUGCCAGCAGCAACAACAACAACAAUGCAAACAACAUUGUGAAGCGAGAGUUUUGCGAUGGCAGCUUGAUGCCAGGUGCUGGGGCAAGUGUGAACAACAACAAUUGUACUACCAACAAUAACAACAACAAUGACAACAACAGCAACAACAACAAUACCAAAAUUCAGUCACUAAUUUGCACUGGCAGCAGCAGCAGCAGCAGCAACAAUAACGGCAGCCACAACAACAACAGCAACAAGAACCUAAGCAGCAGCUCAUCCUCCUCCUCAUCGUCCUGCUCCUCGAGCUCAUCGUCGUCGAGCUCUGCGACCAGCACCCACACCAGUUGCACCACCACCGCCGCCGUAGUGCCCUCAAAUAGCUCCACAAAUGCCAACAAGUCGCCCGGUUCGCCCUACUCACAGCUGGGCAUGGGCCUGGGCAUGGGCAUGAGCAUGGGCAUGGGCACCGGCACGGGUGCGAGUCCGCUGCGUGAGGCCAGUCCGCUGGCCACUCACAGUCGAUCGCCAUUGAUGCAUGCCACAACAGCCGCCCAAUCGCCCUGCAGCAUUGGUGGCGCAGUGGCGCCCGGCUCCCCGCCAUCGGCCUCAUCCAACAGCUCGUCGCAUGUGCUGACCCUCAACAUCAAGACCGAGUCGGACUUUGACAAGGAGAUCAAUUGCCACAAGAUCCAUUCGCCGAGCGGCCACUCCCUGCACCACCACCACCACAACCACCACAGCAACAGUGGCAGCAACAACAACAACAACAACAAUAUCGAUGAUGAUAUGGAAAUCACGGACGUACACGCCCUGCUCUCGCCCCCGCCACACUCCCACCAUUCCCAUUCCCAUUCCCAUUCCCAUUCCCACUCCCCCUACGACACCAAGGAUCACGUCAAGGAGCUGGAAUUCUACAAGAAUCUGGCUGCCAAGGCUGCCUCCCUGGCCAACCAGCAGCCCACUUCGCCACUGGCCCUGCCCCUGCCCAUGCCGCUGCCCAUGCAACUCGAUGCGGAUGAGGAUGCGGACGAUGCCGAUGCAGAUGGGGAUGCCGAUGGCGAUGCCGAUGCCGAUGUCGAUGCCGAGGAGCAGGCAGCGGAGGCGUUGCGUCUACGGCACGAGGAGCAGGCCCAAGCCAAGGCCUUUGCGGCGCAUCUGAACGGAACUAUGCAAGACAUGAUAAAUUUGCAAAAAUUACAAAAUUUGGCCACGCUGCAGCAGCAGCAACAGCAACAGCAACAGCAGCAGCAGCAACAGCAGCAGCAGCAACAUCCUCAUACACAUCCACAUCAUGGGCAUCAUCAUCAUCAUCCGGCUGCCACGGCCGCUGCACUGGCAAGUCUUCAGGGCUUAGCUGCCUCCGUGUUCAAUUCGCCGUUGAAUCUAAGCGUCGGUGGUGCUGAGCCUGUGGCAGCAGCAGCAGCUGCUGCAGCAGCCACAUCAGCAACGGCAGCGGCAGCGGGGGGCACGCCACCCCACAGCAGCUGCCACAAUGGCAGCAAGAACAAGACGUCAAAGGCCAACGGCGGCGGCGGCGGCGGCAACACCAACUCCAACUCCGCCUCGGGCUGCGGCACGGGCUCCGGCUCUGGCUCGGGUGGCGGCAAUGCCUCCUCCUCCAGCCAGCAUCCGGAUAAUCCCAGCAGCAGCAGCUCCCCGCACGCCCUCAAUGCCACAUCGCUGGCAAAUGUGCUGGCUGCGGCGACCGCAUCGCCACCGCCAGCCCUACAGGCGCCACCAGCCAGCGCCCAAAUGCCGCAACUGAUACUCGCCUCCGGGCAGCUGGUGCAGGGUGUGCAAGGGGCACAGCUGCUCAUACCCACAGCGCAAGGUAUUGCCGUGCAGACGAUACUCACGAUUCCCGUGAGUCCGCAGAUACCCACCACGGAGCAGUUUCUGCCCAAUGCUUUUGGCGCCUACGCCAGCUACCAGCAGCAGCAGCAGCAGCGGGAACAGCAGCGGGAACAGCAGCGGGAACAGCAGAGGGACUUGCUGCCACCAUCGCUGGCUGCACUGCAGCAUGCCACAGCGUUGCCCCAACUGGCACAGACACCCACGAAUUUACUCAAGCCCAAUCUGUUCUCGACGGGCGUGCAGCAGCUACUGACGGCGCUGCAUCCAGAGCUCUUUGCCGCAGCGGCGGCCAACCAUCAGCAGCAGCAGCAGCAACAGCAGGCGCAGCAGCAGCGGGAAAGGGAACGAGAACGGGAGAGGGAACGUGAGCGCGAACGGGAACACCAAAUGGCUGCUGCAGCGGCAAUUGGUCACCUGCCACAUGCCCAUUUGGCCGCGGAUCUGCGACGCUCAGCGGAGCGUACACCACCAGCAGGCUCGCCUGGCGGCGGCAGUCCGGGUUUGCCUUCUAAGGGUCCGCCUCCACCACCGCCUGGCGCUGCAUUUCUGCUGCAGCAGCAACUCCACAUCAAACCGGAGACGCAGACGCAUCUGCACCAUCAUCUGCCACCGCAGGGAUCCGCAGCGGUCUCCUCCUCGCAUCCACAGAUCAGCCUGCGGCAUCCGGACGAGCUGACGGCGCCACAGAUGGAUCUGAAACCGCUGGAGCUGAGUUCGAGCAGCUCGCCGCCGAUACCGCCGCCAGCCGCUGCCCUGGCACGCCAUCACUUUGGGCACAGUCUGCGUGUGGUCUCCCCCAAGCACAGUCCCGGCCGGAUGUCCGCCAGUGGCGCCUCCUCGACCGGCAUGAAUCUCAGCCAUCAUCACGAGCGGCACGAUCGACACGACCGGCACGAGCGGCAUGAUCGACUCGAGCGACACGACCGCCACGAGCGACAUGAGAGACGUUCGCACACUCCGACGGCUACGGCCACGCGGGCCAGCGUCUCGUCCAGCUCGGGCGGAGUGCCGCAUCAUCUGACGCAUGAGCGAGUGGGUGGCAGCAUGCCCGCGGGCAGACUGACGCCACCGACCUCCACAUCGGCGAGCAGCGCCAACAGCACCAACGAUAGAGGCUACACAUCACCGCUGUUCCGGACACAUUCGCCGCCCGGACACCCACUCAAUAUGGGCACAUCGCCACGCCUGGAGCGGGAUUAUCUGGGCAAUGGACCAAGCCUGAGCGCCGGCUCGGUGGGCGCCACAUCGACCAGCUGUGGGACGGCAGCAUCAGCAGCGGCCGCCAGCUCCACGGCCAAUGUACUUAGCAGCAUCAGCAGACUCAAUGCCUCCAAUGGCGAGCUGACCAUCACCAAGUCCCUGGGUCCGCCGACGGCUACGGCAACGCGUGCCUCAUCUGCCUCGCCGCGUGAGGACUCACCCGGCCCGGGGCCAUCCACAUCGAGUGCCAAUCUGAUGCAGCCCCUCAAGCUGAGUCCAUCGUCGCGCAGCGAGCCGCCACAAAUGUCGCCCAAUGCCAAUGACAACGACAACGAUCUGCUGAUGGAUUCACCGAAUGAGCCGACCAUCAACCAGGCCACCACCAAUGUGGUCGACGGCAUCGACCUGGACGAAAUCAAGGAGUUUGCCAAGGCCUUUAAGCUGCGACGCCUGUCGCUGGGCCUCACCCAGACCCAAGUGGGGCAGGCGCUGUCGGUGACCGAGGGACCCGCCUACAGUCAGAGUGCCAUAUGCAGGUUCGAGAAGCUGGACAUUACACCAAAGAGCGCGCAGAAGAUCAAGCCAGUGCUGGAGCGCUGGAUGAAGGAGGCCGAAGAGAGCAGUCACUGGAACCGUUACAAGUCCGGGCAGAAUCAUCUCACGGACUACAUUGGCGUGGAGCCGUCGAAGAAGCGCAAGCGGCGCACCUCCUUCACACCGCAGGCCCUGGAGCUGCUCAAUGCGCACUUUGAGCGCAAUACGCAUCCAUCGGGCACGGAGAUCACUGGCCUCGCCCAUCAGCUGGGCUACGAGCGUGAGGUUAUACGCAUUUGGUUCUGCAACAAGCGGCAGGCACUCAAGAACACUGUGCGCAUGAUGUCCAAGGGCAUGGUCUAGGCGCAGGAGGAGCAGCCCGUGUAAAUAGCACGCCCCCCCCUCUGUACAUAGCUAUAAUGUAUAUGUAUGUGUGUGACUGACUGUAAUGUGUGUGCGUGUGUGUGUGUGUGUGUGUGUGCGUUAAUUGUAAGCCCUUGCCCCACCCCUCGUAGAGUUUAGCAUAGGCCAUGUAAAGUAAUAAUGUGUCAUCGCAUUUAUCAUACGAUCCCACACACAACCCCGAGAAACCAAUCGAAUUGAAUAUUUAAGCAUACCUAAAUGUAUAAUCUAAACUUAAUCGUAUCCCAAAUAGCCUAAAGUUAGUCGUGAUGUCCCCCGCGAGCAGACUUUGCGCAGUUUUUAGGCCAAAUUUUAAUUGAUGUGCCAUUCCAGAAAGCAAACAACAACAAAAGACACGUUUAAUACGCAUAAAUAAAAACAAUUUCAACCAAAAC